UAGAAGUAAAGACAUGAUGACAGUGGUCCUGCUGGGAAAGAUAAGCAACAACAAGUGUCUCGUAGGGAACACAAUUUUUCAAAAAGAUCAUUUCCGAUCAGAGAGGGCCAAGUGUGAGAAGAUAGUGGAUAAUGUUGGUGGUGAGGAGGUCUGUAUUAUCAACACUCCAGACCUUUUUCAUAAACCAAGCUCAUCAGAUCCAGAAGCUAACAGAAUGGACGAGCUGAAGCCAUCAUACCCAGGUCCACGUGUGUUCCUCCUUGUACUCCAGGACAGUAUGGUGUUACCAGAAGAGAUGGAGAUGUUUAAUGAAGUAAAGAAGAAGCUUGGACCGAAAAUGGUUGAACAAACAAUUGUGCUGUUUAAUGGUGAUAAAAAGGCAUCUUCAAAUAAAAUGGACACACCAUUGUCAAACAAAAAUGACCACGAAAAAAUCCUGGAGGAGUGUGGGAACAGACAGUGUGUUUACAGCAAACUCACUAAGAGUACUGAACUAAUCAAAGAACUGAUGAUAUACAAAGAAAGCAUGAAGAACCAAACAUCAGAAACUACAAAAGUAAGAGGGAUGCAUGCCAAUAAGGAGAUUCAAUCACUAAAUAAUACAGCAUCAGGCGGAUACAAGGUGGAUCGGCCAAAACCUUUGACCAUCGUGCUGCUGGGACAGACAGGAUGUGGGAAGAGUGCUACAGGAAAUACAAUAUUAAAAAAGCACCAUUUUGAAUCACAUGCUAGUUCUGUGCCAGUAACAAAGGAGUGCCAGAUGGCAGUGGAAACUGUUUAUGAUAUGAGGAUUAGGGUUAUAGACACUCCAGAUUUCUUUAAUGAAGACCUUAAAAACCAGGACAAACAGAUAACGAAGUGCAAGGAGCUCGCUCAGCCAGGGCCUGAUGUGUAUUUGCUGGUCAUGCAGCUUGGCCGUUUCACAGAGGGCGAGAGAGAGGUUCUCCCACAUCUGAAGAGAGAGUUUGGCGACGAUGUGACUUUAAAGACUGUAAUUCUUUUCACGGGUAAAGAGAAGCUGAAGAACAAGACUUUAACGGAUUACAUCAACGGCAGCGAAAAGGAACUUCAGGAACUGAUCAAAACCUGUCAUUCAAGAUGUUGUGCAUUUAACAACAACAAAGAGAAAUCCAGUCAUCAGGUGAAAAAACUUCUGGACCUCAUUUCUGACAUGCAGGAAAAUAGUGCCACAGCACACCCUCACAGAAAAAAGCAUAAGGAUAACAAAGAAUGCAAUAUCUUGUGAGAUUAAGUGUGUAUGUACACAACUAUAAUUAGAGAACCUUUUCGAAAUAUGCAUAAGUUCUAUUAUAGUUAGUCUACAGAUGUUACAAUUCUGUAGACCGUAAUAAGGACUGUUAGAUGCAUAUUUAAUUGUACCUUCCUUUACUGUGAACUACUAAAAAUACUCUGAAAAUCACAUAAUAUGUGAUGUUUAUUAUAUUGGAAAGU